AUGCGAAAGAAAUCCGGUGCAUUUAGGCCUACGGUGGACAAUCGCAGGGUUAACGAGCUAGUAAAACCGGAUGGCUUCCCAUUGCCUAGAGUGCAAGACUGUCUGGAUGUUGUGGCUGCUUCGACUCUCUUCCGCAGCCAGGACCUAACUAGUGGGUACUUUCAGAUUCCUCUCCGAGAAGAGGACAUUCCAAAACAUACAUCUGCCUGUAAGUUGGGUCACUACGAGACGACAAGGAUGCCUUUCGGUUUGAGCAAUGCUUCUGGGACGUCCCAGCGGAUGAUGGAGCUAGCUCUUCACAGGUUACAGUGGGUCACGUGCUUGGUUUACAUCGACGACAUCAUUGUUUUCGGUAAAACAUUCGUCGACCAUAUGAGCCGACUUACGGAAGUGAUCGAGAGAGUUAAAAGAGCAGGGUCAGUCGACGGUUCCCCAGGGGCUCCUUCCGGCGACUUCUUUGGCGAGUGUCAAGCCAUUACCGGCGGUGUCUUCCUUGCUGACAGCGACACCGAUAGUGAAUCUAGCGCAGCCGAAAGUCGACACCUCAGAAAUGUUACAGCAAGCCCUACAACAGAGGUGAUACCCUAUUUACUGGGAACGACGUGGACAGUGUUACAGCUUUGCCCCCACAACUCAUACACAGCAACCGAUAUAGCUGCCACGUUGCGCGCCAUGAAGGAGGCAGUGGAGGAGAUCGCCAAGAACACGGCAACAACGGCCAAUGCUUGUUCCCAUAUCCUUGACGAAGUUAAAAGGAGGGGUCGUGAUGUCCGGGACAGGGACAUAACCAAGAGGAGCCGUCCCGUCAAAGCGAACGGGUAUUAA